CGGGUGGCGCGUGUGGCCGGCCGCCAUUCAAAAUUCAAAUCGAUGAGACAAGAAGUCGGCAGCCAAACUCGUUCGAUUUGUCGUGUGAGAGGAAUGGUGAUGCAUUCUGGUGCUGCGAAAUGGCGAAGGAGCUCAUUCAGAAAUCGGAGGUGACUCGAGAGGAUUGGGUGGAGAAGUGGUGCCGAACAAAUUCGGAAGAAGCUGACGAAUUAUCCGGUUAUUAACAAUCAUGUGACUGUAAAUAAAAUCUAUCUUUUUGGCAUCUUUCUUCGAAUUGUCGUCAGCUGGAUUCCGCAAUCGCGGAGGCGUUCUGAGUUGUGAUCGGAGAAGACGCCGAAAUUUUCUCGGACCAGAGAGAAUUUCGGCGUGGAUUGGAAGAAGGUUUGAGCCGAUUGCAGAUUUCCUGGUCUUGAAAUAAGUGACCGGUAGAUUUGAGUUCUAUCGAUCGGAGAUUCCAGCGUCCUCCGCUGCUUUUUCAAGACGAUCUGCCGGAGUUUAGAGUUCAGUGCCAAACACUGAAUCUCGCUGAGACGAGUUGCAAUUCGCAGUCGUUAUGGGUGGGAAAUACAAACUCAAGGAGGUGACUUAUUCUCUCGGGCCCGAUUCUUGGGAAGUGAUGAGGGGCUUGUGGAAAGGCGCCGGGUACAAAACCCAUAAGCGAAUUCAUGAGAACUGGGUCAGCGCCCUUACACUUCUCGUGCCGGUCAUCGGAAGUUACUGGUAUGCAGAGAACUACAGGGAGAAAGAGAAGCUGCAUCAUAGACACUGAUAUCGGCCACAGGCAGAAAAUCCUCGAUCAUUUCCGAAGAUGUUGACGCAGCAUUCUCGGAGGUGAAAUUGGAAGCAAUGCCAGGCUGAUGGCAUUCCACAUCUACAGCCACAAGAGGCUCUUUCUGACGGACAUGCAUAUUCCCUUGAAUAAAUGUAUCGAGGCAACCUUACAGACAUUGUCGAAAUCCGGCAUGCGAUAAUGACAUGAAGCGAAUAUUUCGCUUUACUUGUAGGUGGCCAGUCUUGUGCAUGCGAGUUUGGUUUCAUGUAUUAUAAGAUGAAGUAAAGGAUUCUGGUUCCUGGAAAUCAUGUGAACUAACAAAAAAUUUAUACAUAUUCUGAAACAUUUAGCAUAAGUCAUUAACACGUAAGAUAUAGGAAUCACGAAUAGUUAAAAAGCAUUCAACUAUUGAUGUAAGUUCUUUACCAUCCGUAAGAAGAAUACACGAAUUUUCCAUCGAAAAUUCUACUGGAUAAUAAGUUUUUCAGGAUUGAA